AUGAGACCUUCCCUCAAUAGGACGUCGUCGGCGGGUGUCGUACAGACACAGAAGGAACUCCCACUUCCAUUGCCUGCUUGCUUCUGCUUCCCUGCAUCUGCGAGCGUUCCGGCGGCGGCGGCCGCCGGCCCGGCCGACUCAGCGGCGACCGCGACCAUGAAGGGCGUCGACGAUGCGUUCCUCGGCGUCGGCGACAAGCCAGGGCUGGACAUUUGGUGCAUUGUUGGGAGCAGUCUGGUCCCGGUUGCAAAACCCCAGCACGGCAAGUUCUACACCGGCAGCACCUACAUCAUACUGAAUACAACCGAGCUGAAAUCCGGGGCUCGUCGACACAAUGUGCAUUACUGGGUUGGGGAGGAGGCCAAAGAGGACGAUUGCCUCAUGGCCUCAGACAAGGCUGUUGAGUUGGACGCGGCACUGGGCUCCAGCACGGUCCAGUACAGGGAAACACAGGGUGAAGAAUCUGACAAGUUCUUGUCAUACUUCAAACCGUGUGUCAUCCCAGUACAAGGCUGCUUCUUUUCACACCUGAAAGGAUCUGGUGAUAGAUCCAACGCGACCACGAUGUUUAGAUGCCAAGGAGAGCACAUUGCUCGCGUCACACAAAUUCCAUUUACGCGGUCCUCUCUGGAUCACAAAUCGGUUUUUAUAGUGGACACGCCGUCGAAGAUCUUCCUUUUCAGUGGCUGUAAUUCUAGUUUGCAAACAAGGGCGAAAGCGUUGGAUGUUGUUAAGCAUCUGAAGGAGAACCGACACUUGGGCAGAUGUGAGAUCGCGGCAAUAGAGGAUGGAAAGCUUGUUGGUGAUUCUGAUGCUGGUGAGUUCUGGAACCUGUUUGGAGGCUAUGCACCUAUUCCUCGUGAUUUACCUGACACAGUCAAGGAAGAGCCACUGACUGCACCAUCCAAGAAACUUUUUUGGAUCAAUAAGAGAAACCUUGUUCCAUUGGAGGCACAUUUGUUGGAUAGAGAAAUGCUGAACUCAGACAGAAGUUACAUGCUGGACUGUAGCACUGAAAUAUUCUUAUGGAUGGGGAUGACAACACUAGUUUCGGAGAGGAAGUCAUCUGUUACUGUCUUAGAAGAUUAUAUGCACUCCCAGGGCAGGUCAUUCAAUGUUCGCACAUUUAUAAUGACAGAAGGUCAUGAAACUGUUGACUUUAAGCUGCACUUUCAGCAUUGGCCCAGGAAUGUUGAACUAAAGUUAUAUGAGGCUGGCCGAGAGAAAGUGGCAGCUAUUUUCAAGCAUCAGGGUUAUGAUGUCACAGAAAUUCCAGAGGAUAAACCUCAGCAGCUCAUCAGUUGUAAUGGCAGUCUGAAGGUGUGGUUGGUGGACCAUGGCUGUACAAACCUCCUUAGCACUGAGGACCAGGAGCAGUUGUACACUGGAGACUGUUAUAUCAUACGGUACAGCUAUGUUGAAGAUGGAAAAGAUUACCAUCUUUUCUUUGCUUGGUCUGGUAAGAAUAGUGUAAAGGACGAUAGCAUGUUGGCAACAUCGUUAAUGUCUAGCAUGGCUGAUUCAGUCAAAGGGCAUCCAGUUGUGGCAAAAGUUUUCGAGGGCAGAGAACCAGAAUUGUUUUUCUCGGUGUUCAAGUCACUAAUCAUAUUCAAGGGGGGCAGGAGUGCUGCAUAUAAGAGUUCUGUUCUACAGAAAAAUCCUAGAAAUGGAUAUCAUCAGAAGGAAGGAGUCGCCCUGUUCCGUGUUCAAGGCCUUAAACAUGAUUGUGUGCAAGCCAUUCAAGUUGAUCUGGCUGCAAGUUCACUUAAUUCCUCGCACUGUUAUAUUUUGGAAGACAAUGGUUUGUUCCUUACCUGGUUAGGAAGCCUCUCUUCACCAAACGAUCAUAAUAUUCUUGACUUGAUGAUGAACAAGUUGUGUCCAAUGAAACAGUCCUUGCUAGUCAGAGAAGGCUCUGAGCCGGAUCACUUCUGGAUAGCUUUGGGAGGACGAUCAGAGUACUCGAAAGAAAAGCGCGUGAAGGGUUGGCCAGCAGAUCCACAUCUGUAUGCUUGUAGAUUUGAACAAGGUUUGCUCAAGGUCAAGGAGGUAUUCAGCUUCUGUCAGGAUGACCUGGCAACUGAAGCGACAUUGAUUCUGGACUGCGAUGAAGAAAUCUACGUUUGGGUUGGGCUACACUCAGACAUUACAUCCAAGGAGCAAGCCCUGAAUAUUGGCAAGAUGUUCCUUCAGGAUGGCAUUUUUCACAGUGGAAGAUCGAUUGAAACGACGGUGUAUACAGUCACAGAAGGGGACGAGCCUGUAUUUUUCACCAAUUUCUUCAACAACUGGGACAAUUCCAAGCAAUCAUCUAUGGUUGGCAACUCAUUUGAGAGGAAGCUGGCCGUCCUGAAAGGAGUCUCUCCAAAACUAGAGACACCGGACAGAAGCAUGCGCAGGCCGCCAUCGAGGAGGCCCGGGGUAUCGUCGGAGCCGACCACGCCGGAGCACCAACACCAGCAGCCGACGGCGAGGAGGGCCUUUGGCUCCGCGUCUGCCGGGAGGUUUGGCAGGGAGCGCUCACCAGCUGCCGCACCGCCAAUGUCAUCGCCAUCUCCCAAAAGCCGCUCGACGUCGUCCACGCCCACCGCGGUGGCACGGCGGCUCUUCCCUGCCUCGGUGCACGCAUCGGAGGCCGUGCACGUCGUCUCCACGGGGACGACAGCUCGACGACGGUGAGAGAGGAGAGCUGCACGGAAUGACGGAAGACGACGUGUAUGCAUGUGUAACCGUGCUCGAUUGAAACCAUGUAAUGUAGAGACAGUAGAGUUGUACUAAUCACCGGUGUGCGUACGUAUUUUGUUUAAGGAAUUUACCUGUCAGGCUGUGAUACCCCAAAAUACAGAAUUCUCCUGUCGUGCACGACUGAAUCUAAUAAGUACUACCGUCGUUCCAAAAAAAAAAAAA